AAGAGACUGUUUGAAUCUUGUUAUCGAAAUAAAAAAAAUUAGACUAAAAUAUUUGUGUAAACGUCGAAAACAGAUUAGUUUCGGUGCAUUUUCGAAUAAUGUAUGCAUAUUUUCUUUGAUAUGUCGUGUCCCUUCUCUGUCAAUUAGAUAGCAGAGGACGAGGUUUUUAUCUCUUUCACAAUUUCUAAGCCUCUCUCCUCCUCAAGUUUCAUACUUUGAAACACUUCUCUCUCUCUCUCUCUCUCUCUCUCUCUCUGUGCACAUAUAUUUUUCUCACCUCUUACCAACAUGGAGGCCAACCACAGAGAUGGAUUUUCCUUGACCUUACCUCUUAUGUCAGAUGAUAACAAGCAAGAGUAUAAUAAUAAUGGACUAAGUACAAAGAUAGAGGAAGUAGAGUCAAACCAUUCUCCACAGGCAACAGGCUCAACAUCUUUCUUCAAAACAUGUUUCAAUGGAUUAAAUGCUUUAUCAGGAGUUGGAAUACUCUCAGUUCCAUAUGCAUUAGCAACUGGUGGAUGGUUAAGCUUGAUUCUGUUCUUUGCUAUAGCAACAGCAGCAUUCUACUCAGGCUUGUUGAUUAAAAGAUGUAUGGAUUUUGAUUCCAACAUAAGAAGUUACCCUGAUAUUGGAGAGAGAGCAUUUGGUAACAAAGGAAGAAUGAUUGUCUCUAUUGCUAUGUACACAGAGCUCUACUUAGUCUCAGCAGGCUUCUUGAUUUUAGAAGGUGAUAACUUGUACAACAUGUUCCCUAAUGAUGGUUUUGAAAUAGCAGGGCUUAUAAUUGGUGGCAAACAAUGCUUUGUACUAAUUGUUGCUCUUGUUAUCUUACCAACUGUAUGGCUAGACAAUAUGAGUUUACUCUCUUAUGUCUCUGCUAGUGGUGUGCUAGCUUCUGCUAUCAUCCUCUUCUCCAUUGUGUGGACCGGGGCUUUCGAUGGAGUCGGGUUUCGUCAAAAGGGUGAGCUCGUUAAUUGGAGUGGAAUCCCUACUGCUAUGAGCUUGUAUGCAUUUUGUUAUUGUGCUCAUCCAGUUUUCCCUUCUCUCUAUACUUCCAUGAAGAAAAAACACCAAUUUUCUAAUGUGUUGAUUCUUUGCUUUGUUAUAUGUACGAUUGGUUAUGCAUCCAUGGCUGUAUUUGGGUACUUAAUGUUCGGAACAAGAGUACAAUCACAGAUCACUUUAGAUCUUCCAACUGGGAAACUCAGCUCAAGAAUAGCCAUAUACACAACUUUGGUGAAUCCACUUGCCAAAUAUGCUCUAAUGGUAACACCUAUAAUUGAUGCUGUCAAAAAUGGCUUUCCAAUUCCAUGGUUUCUCAACAAAAGAUUCUUUGGUCUUAUCAUUGGCACCACAUUGGUCAUCAGCAGUGUCAUAGUAGCUCUUCUUGUGCCAUUUUUCGCAUCCCUCAUGUCAUUAGUCGGAGCAUUUUUCAGCGUGACAGCUUCGAUCAUCAUUCCAUGUAUUUGCUACUUGAAGAUUUCUGGUAUUUACAGGACAUUUAACUGUGAAAUAGUGAUUGUAGCUGUGACGAUAUUAAUGGGGGUUGCUGUUACUAUAAUCGGUACUUACACGUCUGUUCUUGAUAUAUUAGUCAACAUGAAAAUGUAAAAGGCUUGUCUUAGUACAAGGUAUCUAUCCAUGUAGAGAAAUUGAGACUUUUCCUCUGUCAAUUUUCGGAUGACAAAGCAAAUAAUGCUUACCAGUUUUGUAAGAGUUAUCUUUAGUGAUUGUUUAUAUGAGUUUAUUCGAAUUCUUCUUC